AUGUCUCCACGAAGUAGAAGUAUCACCAAAAAAAGCCGUGUUAGAAGCAGUGCUCGAUGUACUUGGAGUGUUCGUGAAAAACUCAUGGUAGUUCAUUACUUUGAACGUAUUCAAAAUGUGAGAGCAACUGCAAAACGCUUUAAUAUCGAACCCAAGCAAGUUCGUGACUGGCGAAACAAGAAGCAAGAACUUUUAAAUGCCGCACCUUAUCUUUUAACACUCAACCGUGGUCGACCAGCCAAGUAUCCACUUUUAGAAGAAAGGCUAGUUGAGUGGAUUGAAACGCUUCGUAAAAAGCAGAUGGCUGUUUCACGAAACAUAGUUGUUAGAAGGGCUAAAAC